GUCGCAUCGCCGCCGCAUGUCGAAGCUCUUCAAAAGUCGCAAGAAGCGCGACACGUCCAUCUCGGCCUCUGCAAGCCGCGAGGACCUGUCCUUUCUCGACCCCGACGAGCCUGUCCCGCCUGUUCCUGAGCUCAAGCGGCCCGGCAUCAACCAACCAUACCAGAGCGACGACUCGCUGGGCCUGGCAAAGAGCGUUGCCAGCAGCCUGCUCACCGACGACUCCGACUCCGAAACCCCACCUCCUCAAAAACGUCCCGGCAUCUCACCACACCAAUCCCAUGCCGGUCUCUUGACACUCUCUUCGCCUCUCAUAGCCUCCGAGACGGUCGACUCCACCAACUCUGCAGAUGCGACACUCGUAAAUUCCCUGGUCUCGACCGAGGAGAGCAACGCCAAACCCGCCAACACCACCGACAUCUCUGGAAAUAAACGGGGUGUGUCGCCAGUUGGAAAGCUCCGGGAAGCAUUCACGCCCAACCGCAGAACGACCACAGGUCCAGUGGUUCCCAAGGUUAGCACCGAGACAGAGACUGCAAGGCCAAGCACAAGCGGAGGUGGUAUUGGUUCAUUUUUUGGAGCAAAGAAGCGUGACGCCAAAGUUGCCGAUGAUUCCCUUCUAGCCUCACCACCACAGAUUCUCAUAGACGGAGAGACACGAUCGAGUCCAUCCCCCCGAUCCGCGGCUCCCAAGCGUAUUAUUACAGCCAAUCUACCUGCAGCAUCCUCGAAUUUAAUCGAUGCCCCCAAGACCUUCAUAACUCCACCCACGCCAACUGAUGGAAACGCGUCUUCGCCUACCGAGUCAAUACAUUCCGACCACGGCCCCAAGUCUGCUGCUGCGCAGUCAAUUUCCAACGAAGCCGCCCCUUCAUCGGGGAGUAUGAUAGCGCACAGACGCGUACGAUCAGCGACAAACCCUCCGAGCAAGCUAUCUCAAUCGUCUAUCCCGCCCCUAACUCCUCAUCCUGAAGAAGCAAAAACCCCUGGAGGAACUGCCGUCUUGCCAUCUUCUCCUGGUGUAUCUGGUGGUUUCUUUGCUUCCAUAUUUUCUGCUGCGCAGAACGCUGCUAGCAACAUUACCGACACCAUUGCAAUCAAUCAAAACGCUAAGAACAAAGCCAGCCAACAACAGCAAAAGGAGGACAAGGAGACUGAAGACGGCGGUGAGGAAGUCAUUGGACCAGCCAACGCUAGUGCGGUUACAACAGAAGGCGCUGCGCAGCGUAGACCCGCUGUUGAAACUCUUGGCUCUGGAAACCUAAGCCUCGAACAACUCGGCAUUACUGACAACAAAGACACCAGCCCCAUGUCUUCUGCAGCAAACGUAGCUAUGCAGACGGACGAGGCUUCUGCAAAGUCUGAGGACAGGGCUGCUGCUCAAGCAGUCUCGGCCGCAUACGCAGGCGACAAGCCCCCGUCGAUAGCCAGCGAGCGCCCACGGUCGCUGACUGCCGUCUCUGCUCAAUCAGGAAACGGCGCUGCCACUCCUCCCCGACAAACCGAGUUAACCGACUCACCAGCAUCGAUACAACGACAGGGCAGCGUUCGUAGUCGUAUAAGCGCCGGCAGACGGAGACGGCACAGGGGCAGCUCCGCUACCACAGGAAAUACACUGGGUGGAGUCAUUAGUGCAAGUACAAGUACUCUAGCUCCAAGUGCCGCACUGCAAAGCCAGCGGUUGAAUGGAACUGGUUUUGCAGUUGCACCGCCCAGAAGAAACAAGGAAUUCCACAAUCUGUUCAAGAGCGUUCCCGAGGACGAUUAUCUGAUCGAGGACUAUAGUGCAGCCCUCCAGAAGGAAAUCUUGCUCCAUGGACGCUUAUAUGUUUCAGAAGGCCAUUUGUGUUUUUCUAGUAACAUCUUGGGAUGGGUCACCAACCUGGUCAUCAGCUUCGACGAGGUUGUGUCUGUUGAGAAAAAGUCCACUGCUGUCCUGUUUCCCAAUGCUAUAGUCAUCCAGACACUUCACGCUCGUAACGUAUUCGCCUCGUUCCUGUCGCGAGACUCGACCUACGACCUCAUCAUUGGCAUCUGGAAGAUAUCUCAUCCCAAUCUCAAGUCAUCCCUCAACGGUGUCACCCUGGACAGAUCGGGCGGCACUGGCGACAAGACGGAGAAAGCAGAGUCAGUCCCCAGUGACAACGAAUCCAGCCAAGAUUCAGAUGACGAGGUAUACGACGAAGACGCCGAGGAAGAUGACGGUAUAGGUAGUUUCACAGAGCCUGGCGAGGGUAGCGUGACCGGCAGCGAAGCCGGCUCUGCUGUGCCUGUCGAAACGACACGAAAGGUCAGCGGCGCAGUAGCACAGGCUUAUGGUGGCGGUGGAGACACUGCCGACGCUGCCAAAGCUGCAACUAAUGGGGCUGCUUCUGCUGCACAGGAUUUCCCUGGUCCAGCUGCACAUGGACCUAGCGAGUGCGGUGACAAUGAUCAACAUUAUGACAAACUGCUUAUUGACACUACUAUUCCCGCGCCUCUGGGAAAGGUGUACAGCUUGAUGUUCGGUCCUGCUUCUGGUGCAUUUAUGCGCAGGUGGUUGGUCGAUGAUCAAAAGUCUACUGACUUGCAAAUGGAAGACGACAAGAAGGGCCUGGGCGAAGACUCAAAAACCUUCAACUAUUCCUACAUCAAGCCACUGAAUGCCCCUGUAGGCCCACGACAAACCAAAUGCAACAUUUCCAUGAACUUGGAACAGUUCGACUUGGAGAAAGCUGUGAGUGUACAAUGCAGCACAGCAACUCCAGAUGUGCCCAAUGGAAGCAUAUUCCUCACCAAAACGCGAUACUGUCUGAUGUGGGGACCGGGAAAUAGCACACGCCUGAUCAUGACAUUUACUGUCGAAUGGAGCGGAAAGAGUUGGCUAAAGGGCCCUAUCGAGAAAGGUGCGAAUGAUGGUCAAAUGUCAUACGCCACCUCCCUUACUGCUGCUCUUCGCACUGCUGUGAGCGCUGCUAAAGCCGGCGGUGGCAAAACUAUGGGCAAGGGAGGAAAGGGCAGGAAACGCUCCAAAGGUAAUCUCUUGGAUGAUGCACCCGCACCAACGUCAGUUGCUGCUCCAGUCAGCCAAUCCAAGGAAAGCAACUGGGGCGUAUUGGAACCUCUUCGCAGUUUGCUCGGCCCACUAGCCGAUGUGCUAGAGUCGAUCUUCACCCCACAAGUCAUCAUCUUCAUCCUCGGAGCGCUCCUCAUGUACACCUGGCUUUUCCGUGGUACUACAGGAGUCACCGGCCCGAACCAGUGGUCAACUGCUCAGAGACAGGUGGCGUACGAAGAGAUUUGGCGUCAUGAAGAGUCUGAUCUAUGGGCCUGGCUCGAAGAGAGGGUCGCGUUGGAUCGGGUUCAAAGCUCCGUUGUCACCGGUGCGAGACUUCAGCCGGAAGUCGAUACGCAGAAGCGAAUUUCGCCCAGAGACAUGAAAGAGAGGGACAUGGACGAAGCCAUUCGUGUGACUGAAGAGAAGCUGAAGGCACUGAAAGAUGCCGUCAUCCGUCAGCGCUCAGAGUCGCGCACUGCGAGCCCGAAAGAGGAGCAGACGUAGGCUGCGACCGAACGAGUGCCCAACAGGUGGGCCACUGACUCUUAAAACAAGGGCGCGCCCUUGGUGUAAAUUAUGCAAGACUUCGCAUGGCGACGGCGUCUCUUAUUAUUUCCCUUUUGUAUUUCUUGUUAGGCCGGUAUCCCUUGGCGCAUCGGUUGGCGCUAGGCCCUGAGAUUUGCAUUUGAACUUUCUUCUUUCCAUUACUCAUCAUACAGCGAAGCAACGCCAACAACGCCAUGUUCUGUUUCGUUUGUGUUUCCAAAACUGUUUUUAACAACCACACGCCUCAUGCAACUACAACGUAAAGUUGCUUUUCGUAUUCUUUCUUGACAAUAAACAGAGUCGUUUUCUCUUUUGAUCAAUUGGUUGGUUGGUAGAUUCGUCCUUGUUUUACUAGUCCUUGCAAACACGUGAACACUCAUUCCCUCAUUUGUCGAUCUACUCUAUUUUGCUUUUCUCUGAAUCAGACAAACGUGCAUUG